AUGGUCCCACCCUACCCAACCGCUGUCUCCACCGCACCGCUUCCGAGCGCGGCCGCUUACGCAACGGUCCCUGCUUCAUGUGGUUUUGACCCAACUAUAGUGUACUCGUCACUCGUAAAUUCCAUUAUAUAUAUAUAUUUUAUAUUAUCUAUAUUAUUAUUAUUAUUAUUAUUAUUAUUAUUAUUAUUAUUAUUAUUAUUAUUAUUAUUAUUAUUAUUAUUAUUAUUAUUCUUAUUAUUAUUAUUAUUAUUAUUAUUAUUAUUAUUAUUAUUAUUAUUAUUAUUAUUAUUAUUAUUAUUAUUAUUAUUAUUAUUAUUAUUAUUAUUAUUAUUAUUAUUAUUAUUAUUAUUAUUAUUAUUAUUAUUAUUAUUAUUAUUAUUAUUAUUAUUAUUAUUAUUAUUAUUAUUAUUAUUAUUAUUAUUAUUAUUAUUAUUAUUAUUAUUAUUAUUAUUAUUAUUAUUAUUAUUAUUAUUAUUAUUAUUAUUAUUAUUAUUAUUAUUAUUAUUAUUAUUAUUAUUAUUAUUAUUAUUAUUAUUAUUAUUAUUAUUAUUAUUAUUAUUAUUAUUAUUAUUAUUAUUAUUAUUAUUAUUAUUAUUAUUAUUAUUAUUAUUAUUAUUAUUAUUAUUAUUAUUAUUAUUAUUAUUAUUAUUAUUAUUAUUAUUAUUAUUAUUAUUAUUAUUAUUAUUAUUAUUAUUAUUAUUAUUAUUAUUAUUAUUAUUAUUAUUAUUAUUAUUAUUAUUAUUAUUAUUAUUAUUAUUAUUAUUAUUAUUAUUAUUAUUAUUAUUAUUAUUAUUAUUAUUAUUAUUAUUAUUAUUAUUAUUAUUAUUAUUAUUAUUAUUAUUAUUAUUUAUUUACAUUAUAUAUUAUUUAUACAUCAUACUAUAUUUUUUGCUCUCGUAA